AUGUCCAGCCCUUACCGGCCUACAAGACCCUCGCCGCUCUCCUCCAGCCCCAUCCGCGCAUCAACAUCGCCCCCACCGCCACUAACGCCGUGCGAUCCCAAUGCCCGCCGUGAGACGCAGUCCUCCCCCAUCUGUUCGCCGACGCCGACACCCGCAUCGCUGUUCGGCGGCGGCAGCGCGAGCAGCAGCAGCAACAGCAAGUUCGCACUGCGACCGAGCCGGCCCAACCCAGUGACGCAGAAGCGUGAGGCGGCACAGGAGAGCCGGCGGAAGCUGUUUCUAAAGAAUGUGAGACAGAGGGCCGAGGAUCAAAGGUGGCAGAGGAGGGGUGGAGAGCAAGAGUUACUCAAGCUGGAGUGGUUCUCGCUCAAUGCCGAGCUCCGACAAGCCAAGAAUGCCGACCUCGACGGGACCAUCUUUGAGUCGGACAUUGAGGAUGCGGCGCGCCUGCGCGAGGAGGCCACGCGGAAGCCCCGUGCGCUGAGCACCAUCUCUGAAUCCGAGUCGAGCGGGAUGGGGCGGCGCUCAGAUCAACAACCAAACGUGGAUGACAUGAUGGUGGAUAUGUUCGAGCAGGAUGAGCAGGCGGAGCUGGAGGCGCUCCUGGCGUCGAUGCCGGAGCGGCAGUCGGCGCGCAACUGGGAGUCGCCUGGCUCGCCGCACUGGUUGGAUGAGGUUGAUGAUGUUGAUGAUGAUGAUGACGAUGACUACGAUGCAGUGUUUAUGGAUUACCUCUCGCAGGAGGGAGUUCAGCAACAGCAACAACAGCAACAUGGCCAGAAUCAGAGUUUGGAUUCGGCGGCAUCUGGACACAUGGAUCUGUCAUGA